AUGAAACCACCGUCUCAACCCGUUAAAACAAAAGGUGCUCCAAAGAAAGUGAAGUCUAAGCCAAAUGACAACUCUAUAACACGGUCUCCUUCGUAUUGUGAGCACGUCGACAAAUGCUUUCCCGACUCACCUACUCCGAAAUUGAAAAAAUCUCAAAAGUGUUCAAACAAGGGACCUCGCCUAAGAAAACCGCCUCCGACACCUAUUCCACCGCAAGUUCCGCAUGUUUCGACUCCGAUUUUGACACCUAUUGUUCCUAAAGUUCAGAAUCCAACACCUAUUGCUCCAUCAAUUGAAGAGAUUGUCAAUGUGGUGGGGGACGGUAGUUGCGGAUUUCGGGCCUUAUCGGCUAUGCUUGGUAAGGGAGAGGAUGCCCAUGAGCUUCUCCUUCAUGAUCUUACCGACGAGUUGGUGAACCAUAAAGACUCGUACACGCGGGUAUUUGGAGACGAAACCAAAUUUCAAUCGGUCAACGAAGCUCUUGUUCCUUGGGGUGACGCCUACGCACCGAUUUCGCAUUGGAUGAGAUUCCCGGAAAUGGAACAUCUUAUUGCAUGCGCAUAUGACAUGGUAUGCAUUGACUUGACGCGUUAUGGUUUUUCGGAAACUUUUUUUCCGCUCCGCACCUCCUACAAAUCCAAUUGA